CAUACUUGAACGCGACUCAGAACAAUUGCAUCUCGUGCAAGAAGGGCACUUAUCAACCGGCCACGCAGCAGACCAACUGUUUGCCGUGUCCACCGAACAUGAGCACCAAGACCGUGGCUGCCACGAGCAAGUCCGAGUGCUGGAACCCGUGCGAGGCGAACGUAGCGGGCAAGCACUGCGACGCCAACGCUGACUGUCUACUGAUACCGGAAACGUCCGACUUCAAGUGCGAAUGCCGUCCAGGGUUCAACGGAACCGGAAAGGUGUGCAAAGACGUAUGCGACGGUUACUGAGAGAAUAAGGGCACGUGCGUCAAAGACCUGCGCGGUCAACCGUCGUGCCGUUGCGUCGGGUCGUUCAUCGGACCACAUUGCGAGGACAAGUCCGACUUUGCUUACAUCGCCGGUGGCAUUGCGGCCACCGUCGUGUUCCUCAUCGUCAUCGCGCUGUUCGUGUGGAUGAUCUGCGCUCGGUCGGAGCGCGUCAAAGAGCCCAAGAAGCUGAUGGCCCAGACCAACGACCAGACCGGGUCCCAGGUCAACUUCUACUAUGGCGCCGCACCGUACGCCGAGUCCAUAGCGCCGUCUCACCACUCCACGUACGCGCACUACUACGACGACGAGGAGGAUGGCUGGGAGAUGCCCAACUUCUACAACGAGACGUACAUGAAAGAGGGUCUGCACAACGGUAAGAUGAACAGCUUGGCCAGGUCGAAUGCCAGCAUUUACGGUAACAAAGAAGACUUAUACGACAGACUCAAGAGGCACGCUUACAAUGGCAAGAAAGAUAAAAGCGAUACCGAAAGCGAAUGCCAGUGAAUAGACUACGAAUAAUAAUUAGUUGCUCAAAAGAAAAAAAAAAUAUAUAUAUAUAUAAUAUUAUACUACAAUAAUUCGUACUAGUCGGGCGAGCGUGGUCCGCGGUCGAGAAAUCAAAACCAAACGGAGUGCGUUGUCUAUUCGAAACGUUCAAACUCCAGGAAUGACUAUUGGUCUACACCCGACUUUUCCUCAAGACAAUACGAACCUAAUUAUUUAUAACUUAAUAUAGAAAUUUAGUGUCAUAUAAUUAUGUACGCAAUGAUUUUGUAUGUAUUGUGUAAAUAGAUAUAAAUAUAAUUGUUAUUAUUUUUAACAAAUCCUAAUGCAUCCAAACAUUAGCGUAUAGGAAUAAGAGACUAUUGGCUCAUAAACCAAAUUUGUACAGUUUAGACGAUUUUUAUUAUUUACAAUUUUUAAGUGUCAUUAUUCAAUCAUUUUUUAUCGUAGCUUGUAAGACAAAAAUAAAUAAUUUAUUUGUUUUA